AUUACGAUUCAUAUAUGUACUUCUCGAACGCCCUCGUAGUCUUUAAUGUUGUACAUCGUCAGAUGUUUUUUAGAGUGAUUUCUUCAGCAUUGAGUCACCGAAAUGGACCAAUUAAGUGAAGAUAAAAAGGUUGAUUUAUUCAGGGACACCCCUGUAAGAUAUUUAGGCUACGCGAACGAGGUAGGGGAGGCCUUCAGAUCGAUAAUCGGAGCGAAAUGGGUUAAUGUCACUUAUGGGAUCGCUACAUUGUAUGUUUUGGCCGAUACCGGACAUAAAAGUGUGGAAUCUUAUAAGGAAAACAUUAAGGAAGCCAAUCACAAGUCCAAAGUGGCGUACACAACGGCGGACACCUUGAUAUGGCAACUGCUGGCCUCAGUGGCCAUCCCAGGCCUGACGAUCAACCGGAUCUGCGCCCUAUCGACUUUCGCCCUAAAAAAAAGCGAAUUUCUACCCCAAACCACGAGAAAAUGGGCUGUAACUGCGAUAGGCCUCACCGCCAUACCUUUCAUCAUUAAACCGAUUGAUCGAUUCGUCGAUCUCGUUCUGGACGAGAGUCUCAGGAAGUACCAGCCAAAAUAGUUGCAUUUAUAUUAGUAAAACUGUUGUUGCACUGCCAAUUGUUAUUAAAAGAAAAGCAAUAUAGCAUUAUUAUUAUUAUUAACGUAAAAUA